AGCCAAUUCAAACGACAUGAAAAUAAAAAAUCCCAAUGGUCGCAGUGCUAAGGACGGCACUGGCAAUUAUGUCGAUGUUCUAAUCAUCGGAGCUGGACUGGCCGGUCUAGGAGCGGCAACGAAACUACAGUCAACUGGCCAACGUUUCCUCAUUUUGGAAGGACAGGCGAAAGCCGGCGGACGCGUGAACACACUGAACAUGAGACGUAAUGUCAAAUCGACUGAUUCAAAUGAAAAUCGCAAAUCAACGGAAAGUGAUGAUGAGUGUAUUCAGUCGACCAAAACGGAUUUCGUGGAUGCGGGCGCCUCGUGGCUUCAUGGAAAAUUUAACCAUCUUCAUGAUAUAGCCGAAAGAUAUGACUUACUGUCCACCGAGCAGUCAGAGGAAGGUCUUGGCGCGUAUUUAAGAGAUGACGGUGAAGCGAUCGACGACUAUUUUGUGAAAAAAAUUGACUUCCUCAUCGGACAGAUACUGUGCAAAUGUGAGACCUAUGCACGAGAGGACCAGACUGAUUAUCCGAAGUCAGUGUAUUCGUUCUUGUUAGACAACUUUAGCAAAUAUUUGGAUACGCUAGAAGAUGCCACGCUCAAAGUAACCGCUCAACAACUAUUCGACUGGCAUGUACGCUUUCAAGUGAUUGACAACUCCUGCCUUAAUUUGGACCAUGUAUCAGCGAAAAGCUGGGGUGCCUACUCCUACAACGGUGAAAGUUGUCAGGCUCAUUACAAUUUUCGUAAUGGUUUCAGUGCAGCCAUCGAAGCAUUAUGCAAUCAAGUUGAUCGCAAAAAUAUUCUUUUUAAAAAAGAGGUGGUCGAAAUUGUGACUAGCGCCAGUUGUCCGAGAAUUUCUGUGAAAUGUUCCGACAACACUAUUUAUCACGCAAAUCACGUUAUAGUGACCCUUUCACUCGGCUGUUUGAAGACCAAUUUACAUACGAUGUUCAGACCGGCAUUACCACACGCAUACGUGCAAACCAUUCGAGACAUUGGAUUCGAGACAAUCAACAAGAUAUUUAUUCAAUUCGAACAUCCUUGGUGGAAAGAAAUGGACGGAAUUCAACUGAUUUUCAGGAAUGACAAUUACAAGGACCACAACUGGACUGGACACAUAUCCGGAUUUGAUGUCAUGAAACCGGGGCCAUCCAACACAUUACUUGCAUGGGUCGGUGGCCGGGGUGCCAUAGAAAUGGAAAAGCUAACCGAUUCACAAGUAAUUCACGAUUGUAUUGCACUCUUAGCACAAUUUACAAAAUCCGAAAUUCCCGCACCAAUCAAAUACUAUUGCACCCGUUGGUAUUCGAAUCCAUUUGUUAGAGGAGCUUAUAGUUACAUUAGCACGGAUUGCGAUAAGAACGGCACGUCGAGUCGGUUACUAUCCAAGCCAAUAACUGUGGCCGAUCUUUCUUUGAGUGUAAAGGGGUUGUCCACACAAUUUGCUAAAAAUCUCAUAAUGCCGGCUGACUUAGAUUCGGUCAAUAAUCAAAGGCAGGAGGUGGUAAUGGAUUGCCGCAUCCCAUUAAUACUGUUUGCCGGAGAAGCGUGUCAUCAACAGUAUUUUUCGACGGCACACGGGGCGUUCUUGUCAGGUAUUGAACAGGCGGAGAAAAUUUUAAAUUUUUGCCAGAAGUGAGUUCCGCUACUUUUGUAGAUUCAAAUAGACAAAUUCAUCAAAAACCUUUUUUCCGAAUAAAAUAAAGAUUUAAUUCAACAAACCGAAUGGCUUUGCU